AUCACACAAGAAGUGUAUGACAAGGUACAAACUGGAGAUUUCAAAAUAGAAGAAGGCUGGGAUGGCAUUAAGACAGGGUUUGCACGCCCAAAUCAUUCUUACAGCCUGAUGGAAGCUGAACCUGAAAAGUCUAGAUUUUGUUGUUAAGGGAGCCGGGGACCAAAACUCUGCCUUGAGGUCCUCUUGAUGCAGACCCAACUGCUCACGGCAAUUUGACGGCCACACAUCAGUUCUGAAUACUGCAAUAUCACCCAUUUUUAAACCAAAGGAUA